AUCCUUUAUGGGCGAUUAUAACAGUAGUCGAAGAAGGGACAAUGGCUCUAACUCAACAACUAUCUCAUUUUAGUGACUUAGGUUCAUCAAACUUAGGUACCGUUUCAAUUAAUCCAUUUAUUCAACCUAGAGCGAACGGGAAUGUACAAGGGGGUUCGACUCCUGAUCCAGAUUCAGGAAUGUGCUAGUCUAAAAACUCUGUGACCUUUAGUGCCAAUGAACUUUAACACCAUUGUUGUGAUAGCACUUAAUUGAUUUUCUGUAUUUUUAAAUAAAAUUUAUAUAUUUUGUCUGA